GCAUAACUUAACUGUCACUCCGUGAUCAGCAAAGCAGGAAGCUGGGAGGUCGUCCUUUCGGUUGUCUUCUUCACCUAACGGACUUUUUAGGGUGGCGCUUUUUCCCGUUUCCGCCAUUAACAACGCCGCCUAGCUUUCUCUCUCCUCAAAUACUUCUCUCAAUUACUUUAGGAGAGAGAAAAUGAGUGAGGUUUUCGAUGGCUACGAGCGCCAGUACUGUGAGCUCUCGGCUAACCUUUCCAACAAAUGUUCUUCCGCUUCUCUUUUAUCAGAUCAAGAGCAGAAACAGCAGAAGCUGACGGAUAUUAAGGCAGGCCUGGAUGAGGCUGAUAUAUUGAUACGGAAAAUGGAUCUUGAAGCGAGAAGCUUGCAACCUAAUUUGAAGGCCAUGCUUCUUGCAAAGCUGAGGGAGUAUAAAUCUGGCUUGAAUAACCUGAAAAGAGAGGUGAAGAGAAUCAGUUCACCCAAUCAUGAUCAGUCUGCCCGUGAAGAGUUGCUAGAAGCUGGAGGGGCAGAUGCAUACAAGACUUCUGCAGACCAAAGAGAAAGAUUGACAUUUUCAACCGAAAGAUUGAAUCAGUCCAGUGACAGAAUUAGGGAGAGUAGGAGAACUAUACUGGAGACAGAAGAGUUGGGUGUUUCGAUUCUUCAAGAUUUGAACCAGCAGCGUGAGACCCUCUUACAUUCACACUCGAAGCUGCAUGAGGUAGACAGCGCCAUUGACAAAAGUAAGAAGAUCCUAACUGCUAUGUCACGAAGAAUAAGCAAAAACAAAUGGAUCUUUGGUGGAGUCAUCGGUGUUCUUCUCCUCGCCAUCAUUUUUAUCAUAUAUUUUAAGCUUACUCACUAGUCCUCCUUUGCCAAUUGCCACUAUAGAUGACAAGUCUGAUUUCUGCGUUUCGCUUGCAAAUCAGACAACCAGAAAUGGAGACACAAAUUGUAAUGCGAUUGAUCUGUAUAUUUAGAACGUUGCUGUUGAUGUAUGUAAUCCAAGAACAUUAUCUUUCGUUUGUAUAAAAUCAUUACUGUCCUGUUGCUUCCAUAA